AUUUCAGUUUCUGCCCUUGUGUAUUUUAACUGAGAUGUUGCUCUGCAGGUGGCUGGAUUCCUCUCGCUCGCUGAUGGAGCAAGGAAUUCAGGAAAACGACAGACUCCUGCUGCGAUUCAAGUACCACUGCUUCUUUGACCUCAACCCAAAGUAUGAUGCUGUGAGGAUCACACAGCUGUAUGAACAAGCCAGAUGGACGAUACUGCUGGAGGAGAUCGACUGCACUGAAGAAGAGAUGCUCAUGUUUGCAUCCCUGCAGUAUCACAUCUGUAAAUUGACUUUAUCAACGGAGCCACUGAACAAUUCCAAUGAACCAGAGAUUGAUGAAGUGGAGGCUGCGCUCUCAAACUUAGAAUCUACGCUGGAGGGACGGAAUGCUGAUAAGAUCCUGGAAGAUAUCACUGACAUUCCAAAGCUGGAAGAUACACUGAAAUUGUUUAGGCCCAAGCGAUUGAUAUUAAAGUCGUAUAAGGAGUACUGGUUUGUUUUUAGGGACACCACCAUUUCUUACUACAAAAACAAAGAUUCGGCAAAUAAAGAACCCAUUGAGCAACUCCAUCUACGAGGAUGUGAGGUCAUUCCUGAUGUCAACGUCACUGAGAAGAAGUUUGGCCUCAAGCUGUUAUUGCCAGUGGCUGAUGGAAUGAACGAGGUUUAUAUUCGCUGCAACAAUGAAACGCAGUAUGCCAAGUGGAAGGCUGCCUGUAUUUUGGCUUCCAAAGGAAAGACGAUGGCCUACAGCUCCUACCGCACCGAGGUGAAGAACAUCCAGUCUUUCCUGCAGAUGAAGAGUCUAGCGCCACCUCCUGGCCAGGCAGCGACUGACGUAGAGUCCAUGGAGAUGAAUGCCGAGUGCUUUGUUUCUCCACGAUAUGCAAAGAAGUACAAGACCAAACAGCUGACCACACGAAUCUUGGAGGCCCUUCACAAUAUUUCCCAUCUUUCCCUCAUGGAGGCCAAAAUGCGUUUUAUCCAAGCAUGGCAGUCUCUGCCUGAGUUUGGCAUCAAGUACUACAUUGUCAGAUUCAGAGGAAGCAAGAAAGAUGAGCUCCUGGGAAUUUCCUACAACAGGCUGAUCCGCAUCGACAUGUCAACGGGUUUGCCGGUCACCACCUGGAGGUUCUCCAACAUUAAACAAUGGAAUGUCAACUGGGAGAUUAAACAGGUGGCCAUCGAAUUUGACCAGAGCGUGUCGAUUGCGUUCUCCUGCCAGAGCUGUGACUGCAAAGUGGUCCAUGAAUAUAUCGGAGGCUACAUUUUCCUCUCGACACGCUCAAAAGACCAAAAUGAGACUUUAGAUGAAGAACUCUUCCAUAAGCUCACGGGAGGACAAGACUGACCUCAAAUCAACAUCAACCUUUAGAAGAGCAAGAAAGAAUUCAUAGUGUUUCUUAAAUUUGCCAAAGUCAUUUUAUAUUCGUAUUAAGACACACAAGCCGUGUGCACAAGAGAGUAAACAAAUCAAACAGUUCAAUCCAUAUUCUGGAUCUGGACUCUUGACGUCUUUAUGAAUUGUUUGCAUUUGAAAAUUGGACAAUUUACAGCACACAUUUCCAUACAUUAAUUUGUGUAAUAAAUAUGGGAUACGAUGGGGUUUGGAUUUAAAUGAGUUGCUAGUUUCCCAUUUCAAGAUUCCUCGAAGUUGCUUUUUACAGUUCAGAUUUUUCGAAUGUAAAUAUUUUUACAUUAAAUGCUUCACUAAAAUGUCUAGGUGCUUUUGGCUUGUUUUCUGGAAACAAUGUAUUUGCAGUUCAAUUGUUCAUUUUUAAAGACUACAUUUUACUUUGUUUAAUGGAAUUUUGUUUUCAUUAUGUUGACUGGAAAAUCAGAAAAUAGUCUAAAUAAAUCCAACCACUUUCAUUA